AUGGCGGGGGCCACAGGCAGCUUCUCGGACCAGCAGUUCCGGGAGGCUUGUGCGGAGAUCCAGCAGCCGGCAUUGGCCGGGGCCGAUUGGCAGCUCCUGGUGGAGGCCUCAGGCAUAACCAUCUACCGGCUGCUGGACCAGCCAAGUGGACUUUACGAGUAUAAAGUGUUUGGUGUCCUGGAAGGUUGCUUACCAGCUCUUCUUGCAGAUGUUUACAUGGACUUAGACUACAGAAAAAAAUGGGACCCGUAUGUGAAAGAACUCUAUGAGAAGGCAUGCGAUGGACAGAUGGUGGCAUACUGGGAGGUGAAGUAUCCCUUCCCUCUGUCCAACAGAGAUUAUGUCUACACCCGCCAGCGGCGAGAUCUGGAUGUGGACGGGAGGAAGAUCUAUGUGGUUCUGGCCCAGAGUAUCUCUGUACCUCAGUUUCCAGAGAAGUCUGGGGUAAUCCGAGUCAAGCAGUACAAGCAGAGCCUGGCGAUCGAGAGUGAUGGCAAGAAGGGGAGCAGAGAAUGGAGUUCCAAACUUUUUGAAGGACAUGGUGAAAGCGUGUCAGAACUACCACAAGAAAACCUAAGGAAGGGACUGGGACCACAGCAUCUGUGGAAGGACAUCUUUGGAUGUGCUACACCAACUGAGGCUCGUCCUUCCGUUCAUACUUCCCAUCUUCAAAGCACUACACAUUCCCCAAGCGAGCUUGCCUCUGUCUGGAUCCAUCGCUGCCUUCUUUCCCACUGGUCUUACUCAGAGCCUGCUACCUUCUUCCACUAUUGAAUGGGGGCCCAUUCAAUACUUGUUUAUGUUUCAUUAGGAAAAUCCUUAGUGGGGAAAAGGAGCCAUUCUGUUGUGCCAUUUUGGGGGGGAAUGAGUGAGAAGAGGAAGGAUGA